AUGUUGCAGCCGAACCAGCACGAACACGCCCGCUCAAAGGAUCCGGUGAAAUACGGCGAACUGGUGAUUCUCGGAUUUCAUACGCACUGUCGAAACCCUGCAGACGUUUUUACGACCCUACGAGAAGAAAAACCAGCAUUUCUGACACUCAAAACAAUGUGUCUGACCGGGAAGUGUGAUAUCUGUGUUCUGCAGAUCGGCCGCUCCACCGAGAGCCCCAUAGACUUCGUGGUGACCGACACGCCGGGAGCAUCCCAGGAGAGCGAGGACUCGAGCUCGGCUCCCAGCACCAUCUCCCGCUUCGCCUGCAGGAUCGUCUGCGACCGAAACCCGCCCUACACCGCCCGCAUCUACGCCGCCGGCUUCGACUCCUCCAAGAACAUCUUCCUCGGGGUCAGUAGUGCUGAGAAAGCAACUAAAUGGAAGAAUCCGGACGGUCACAUGGACGGACUGACGACUAACGGCGUUCUGGUGAUGCAUCCUCUGGGUUUCCCGGAAGACCCCAAGCAGGGCCUGUGGAGAGAGAUCUCUGUGUGCGGAGACGUCUACGCUCUCAGAGAGACCCGAUCCGGAUCCAUCCGCGGCCAGCUGGCGCAGGGUGAGAGCAGCGCUCUGCAGGACGGUUCUCUGGUGGAUCUGUGUGGAGCGACGCUGCUCUGGCGAACAGCAGACGGUCUGCUGAAGGCCCCGACCCUGCGGCACCUGGAUGCCCUGCGUCUGGAGCUGAACGCGGGGCGGCCGCAGUGUCCCGUGGGUCUGAGCACGCUGGCCUUCCCCAGCCUCCCGCGGAGCCACAGUCUGGAGGAGCGCCAGCCCUGGGCCUAUCUGAGCUGCGGACACGUCCACGGCCGACACGACUGGGGCCAGCGGCCCGAGGGCCACCGCGAGCGCGAGGAGGGCCCCUGCGGCCGGAGGGAGUGUCCACUCUGCCGCACCGUGGGGCCGUACGUCCCGCUGUGGCUGGGGGCUGAGCCGGGCUUCUACACAGACGCCGGGGCCCCGACUCACGCCUUUGUGCCCUGCGGUCACGUGUGCUCGGAGAAGACGGGCCGGUACUGGGCCCUCACGCCGCUGCCUCACGGGACACACGCCUUCAGACCCACCUGCCCCUUCUGCUCGGCCCCGCUGGCCACCGGCCCCGGGGUCACACGCCUCAUCUUCCAGGGCCCCAUCGAUUGAUGAGGGGGCCGAACGAGGGGCCGAAAGGGGUCGCGAGUCUCACGAGGGGCUGUGUUAGAAAUAUCAACAUCGUGCAGCUGCCUUCAAGUCACAUCAGUGUCAUUUAUAUCUUGAUGGGUUAAGUGCGUGUUGACUGCAGUUAGCAUAACAGAAGAGAUCGUUCAGCCCAAAAUCAUCAUAUGUGAGCCUGGAGAAUGCUAGUGUUUACUUCCCCAUCAAUCACUAAUGCUAAAAAGCUCUCAGUGUUUAUCAGGAGGAUAGGCUCGAGUCACUAAUUGUGAUUUCUAUCGGCAGCAAUACAGUCCAGAGCUCGUCUGCUGAAGGCCCCUGAUCACAGAUGCAUUUCGAAGCUCUGCAACAAAAAGACCAAAGCGAACUAAAUGUGAGAUUCCUGGCUCCUUUCGCCCCUCUACGGCCUCCAGCGCGCUCUCAGUACAGACCGAACCUCAACAUCUCACACAGCACACACUAGAAAGUACAGAAUCCUUUAUUAAAGCGCUUGUUUUCAGCAAUAAACACUAGAAUGAAGCUACUAGAAGAUGAUGCCAGCGGUUCGAGCCGUGUACUUCCCUUGCUUUGGCUGAACCUGGCCUUCUUUAGCAGUCUAGCCCUUGUGAUUCGGCUCGUUUUGUUGUUCUUUCAGUUUUAGAUGAUUCUUCUUCUGAUUGUUUUAGCACUCAAUGACAGUCGUAGCUGCAGUAUAUGCCGUAGUCGUUUGAAAUUGUCAAGAUGUCUUAUUUUUCUACAUGGCUGUGUUACUAAACUUUUGACCUGAGGUCUGAUUGUUUUAUAUACGAGUGUUUCACAUAUAGCAGUAUAUAGAUUAUAUAUAACUAUAUAUAUAUAUUAUUUUCUGUACAUGAUAUGAUUUGAAGAAAGAGUGCGUCACUGCACUCCUGGAAAAUCUUUGAUUGUUUCGCUUCUGAAAGUGCUUUAUGGUAACUUUCGUCACAAACGAUCACUUACACAUUCAGAAAAUGAGGAAUGCUAAUGAUUAUGUUAUGCAUAUUAGUAAAAAUUGUUGCAAUUUGCUGUCACAACUUAAUAUUUAGUGUUAGAAUAACUUUCCUGGAUUUAACUUGAGAUGACUUAAACUAAACUUAACAUUUUAAAGGAACAGUUCACCUAAAAAUGAGCGUGUGCUGAAAAUGUGCU